AGGGGAGUGAUGAAGAGACGAAGGGAGGGUGAGGGAGAGGGAGAGAGAGAUGAAAUAAGCGAUAAAGAUGAUAGCGAUGAGGCUUUCGUGUAUAUGCACAGUAACUGGGUGUGUGUACCAUGCUAAUAAACACUAACCGUAAAGGGCCUUUAUUACGGAAACAACACAGCAAUAUUGAAAUACCCCUGUGACGUUGUGUUUGGGAAUGACUGUCAGGUCAAAAGGGAGGCAGUUCCCACAAUGAGAUAAUUCUGACCACAUGCUGCUCAGACCAAGUUGCCAUGACAACCACCAGGUACUGUCAGAAGGGCGGAGCUCAGAUGGACACCUCACGUCUCUCUUUGUAGCCUAAUGAGGAUACAAAAAUAAAAAAAGUGGAGACAACAAGAAGAGAGGCGGAGAAAGUGAUGAGCGAGAGGGAAGAAAACAGGACCUGUGUUUGGGCAGGAGUGUUCAUUUCAAGCUGGCAGUGAAAGCAUGGUCACUCAGGAGCACUGGAUGAUUACCCUCCAGAGGGUCUACUACCCAGUUCUGGCCACCAUUGGAAUACCCUCCAACAUCAUUACCUUCCUAAUCUUCUGGAGGAGGAACUGUAUGCUGUCCAGGUCCAGCACCUUCUACCUGAUGGCCAUGUCGGUGGCAGACACAGGUGUGCUGGUGUGCAUCGUGGUGCUGGAGCUGGUGGUCAAAUUCCACAGUGCGGAGCCUUUCUGGGCACGGCAACCCUGGUGCAGCCUCCGAGACCUCUUCACCUACGGCUCCUACAACGCCUCCACCUGGCUGGUGGUCACCUUCACAGCUGAACGCUUCCUUGCGAUCAACACCUGGAGCCUGAAGUCUCGCCUCUGCACGCCGCGCUGUGCAUUGUGGGCCAUCAGCAGCAUUUACGUGUUGAGUCACCUCCUGGCUGUGCCACACCUCUGGGCCAACGUGUCCGAGUACGACCGGCAGCUGGGGAGGUGGACCUGUGUGUACAACGCGCAGGCACCCAUCCUCUUCAUCCACAGCCUGGUGGGCUUCCAGACGCUGCUCUCCUACAUCCUGCCUUUCCCAAUCAUCAUCACUCUGAACGGGCUCACGCUACACCACAUCUCUGUAUGCAACCGCAUUUGGCCCGCCCAGGAGCCACCGGUCUCUCCGGCAACGGCCGCCAAACCUGGCCUCAGGGUGGCACCGAUUCUGCGCUCGCGGAGAAGGAAGUCGGUGGUCCUGCUGGUGACUGUGUCCAUGACGUUUCUGAUGCUGUCGGUGGUGCGGGCCGUGACCCAAAUCAUCCUGCGCACGUCUAGCCCCGAGCUAAAGCGCCAGGACUACGGUCUCCCACUCAACGUGGCGGCCGACCUGGGCACCAUGCUGUGCCUGAGCAACGCGGCGGUCAACAUGUACCUGUAUGCUGCCACGCAGACCAAGUUCAGACAGGAAGUCAUCGCCUGUGCCAAACAGGGCCUCGCAGUGAUGAAGAGCAGCCUGACCCCAUCCACCAUUGUAACUGCCAGGCCUCAGUGACUCACAGCGAGCUUUCCAGGCAUCUAUCAUUAAAGAAUGAAAUCUCUACAGAGCUAGAAGAUGGAAGCUUGAGUGAACCAGAGUCAUAUUAAUUAUUCAUCGAUAUGAAUUGCAGGUUUGCUUUUCCCCUGCCUGACCACGGCCAGCGACUGCAUCAUCUCACAGUAAUUCAUUCACAGCUUGCAGCGGCAGAGAGGGCAGAAUGUAAUCUUUUUUCUGCCACUCUGAAAGACCUGAUUCUGUGAGCUCUCCCUCCAUGUAAGCCCUGUCUUAAUGGGCUCCCUCUGCUUGGGACUGGGGCUGUUUUAUCCCCCACAGAGACCAGGAGAGGAACCAGACACAGUCAUUUAAGUCCAUUUGCAGUGGAAACACCCCAGUGGACUUCUCCUGGCCCCUUCAAACGUUACAGGCUUUUUAACAAGCCUUCUCCACUGAGAGCUGAAAAGGCAAGGACAUGGUGUACAGGCACAAAAUGCAUUAAGACUCUGCCCAGAAUCUUCACUUCUCAAAAGACAUCCAUCGAAUGUACAGACUGUGAGACAGUAGAUGUGGGAGCCAGGGACAAGAAGAGGGAAGUAGACAUAAAAUAGUAUAAUAGAGCUUGUAUCAUUUUUCAUUCACGUUUCUCUGUGUUUGUGUGUGUUUGCAGUAGUCGGUGAAGGGUAACAUUUUCCUAUAAAUACACAGGGAUUCAUAUUCAAACAAGGAAGUAAAAACUUGUUUACGCUGUGGUUCCAGUUGUAGAUAGUCAUCAGUGCAUCAUCCCUUUAUCAGUAGGUCAACAAGUGGCUCUCUGAUAAGCACAUGGACUUGUGUGUCUUCUUAUCAGAUCUUUGCCAUUCUAAUUUGCUUGACUCUAUAAAGCUGCUUUAAUUUUC